AUGCGUGGCGGUGCGACGCAAAACUAUGGUCCCCGAAUAACGCAAAACUGCAUUGCUGUGCCGUCUACCGUUACACAGCGUGGUGUCGAGGCUCCUGGCACUUCCGCGCCAGGCGCGCUUUGUGCAGCCUCGACACCACGCUGUUUACGGAACCAGGGCGUUUUCUGGGUUUGUACCUGUAGCAGUAGAGCUAUCGCUCUAAAAUUAGCAGACAAAAGCGACCAGUCCUGUCUGCGCGCAAGGCUUCUCAAAAGACAUUGCCAUUCACAAUUUACGUCAUCUCAAUCCGCAGGCGCAGCCGUGGCGUCCCUGGCGCCGGGCGGUCUUCCGCCGCCGUCGUCGCCUCCGCCAGCGCCGCUGGACCCCAGCGACCCGCUCCUCACCAACCCGACGGUGGCGUUGGCCGUCAAGUCGUUCCGCAACAUGCGCAGCGCUGCGUUGACGCCCGUCGCCCGGCGGCUCCGAGACAUCAUGAUCAAGCGCCAGCAGCUGAGACAACAGCAGCAGCAGCAGAUGGCGCUGCAGCAGCAAGUGAGCCCGGGCGGCGGCCAGGACUGGACCGAGGUCAGCAUCGCCUGCCCGCCGCCCGGCACCAACCUGGCCGGCUGGAGGCCCGUCAAGGGCCGCAGGCCGCUCAUUCCUCCGGGCCAGCUGCUUCGGGAAACCCUCGGAGCAGACGUGCUGCUCCUGCUGGGCGCUCUGCUCGCGUUCCUCGGCUCGGCCGUCACGCUGCUCGCAACGUACGGCCGGUUCGGCAACCCGGAGUCCCGGCCGACCGUCCUCGGACUGGGGCCGCCCCUGGUCGGCAUCGGGUUCGUGUUCUGCCUGCUGAGACUGUUCUUCUGCAGGCCGCAGAAGAUCAAGAACGCCUGCUGCGGUUGGCUACUGGCCGCGCGCGUGCAUCCGAGUCGCGGGGGAAGCCGGACGCCGGUCAACGUCGCCACUGCCGCGGCGCCUCGGGUGGCCGACCACGCCGUCUCGUACGACGCGACGCGCUUCAGCCAGACUUGGACUAUCACGUGACAGUCGGCUUCCGUGUCGCGUGUGCCCUUUCCUUCUGGAUGAUGGCAGUGUGUAUGUCUACGACGCGUCAGUUUUGUGUGCCAACUUUUAGCAUAUACCUACUUGCCUUGGCUCGAGGAAGGUGCGAAGUGCUUGGACCGUUUUGGGCAAGAGCAAAGCUGAAGCAAAACACGGAAAUAAUUGGCGUUCACAAGGAG